GGCACCUGGCCGGGAUACUGGCAGCAAAAAAGACGCUUACCGGGGCCUCUCGGACUGCGUCCUUAAGCUGGGGGACAGCAUGGACACGUACGAGGAGGAGGAGGGCAUCGAGCAGCAGGGACUGCGCCGAGUCUGCAGGUACUGGGAUGAAUUCCACACCUGUGCCCUGACAGCGCUCUGGGAGUGCCAGAAGGAAGCAGUGGCUGUCUGGGAGAUGCUAAGAAGGGAGUCUCAAAAAAACAGAUUUCAAGGCAGCUUGUUCGACCUCUGCAGCCCCAGCAUGGCCCAAAGCUCUGCCUGGACCCACGUUCCCAACAUUUCCAUCCUCAGCAUCCCUCUCAUCGUCACUUGGCUGAACUUAUAA